CGACUGUGAAGACAGAAGGCACGAAGAUGUCGUCGCUUCUAGUGGGGGCUCGCGAGCUCCUGGCAAGUCUGACUCCAAGAUGGUCUUUCUUCUCCAGCUUCACCACCUUUUCCCUCUUCCUCCACUCGUACAUCUUCCGCAAGUCCCGCAACCUCAUCGCCGCCGUCAUGGCCACCAUGCCUCGCCGCGACUCGAAGUUCACCAUCGAGCCAGAGCCAGAGCCCAAGCGGCGCAUGGCUCACCUCAAGACCAAAGAAGAGUGUCGGCUGGGGAAUGAAACAAUUCAAGUCUGGACCGUUGAGCUGCCUAGCAAGCACGCUGAAGGGAUUCUGAAGGUGAUCAAGGACGAGAUUCCCGGACAAGACUCGAUCGACCUGCAGCACCUCCGCCGUUUCGCGAAGCCCAAGUACCUUCCUGACCAUGUUCUCGGCAAGCGAGAUCUGGCCAAAGCCAUGUACGCUGUGCCGCGAGCCUGGGAGUCGAUACCAUCCACUGUUAUGCAAGCACCCGGUAGUACCGCGUGGGAGUAUUCGACCCCAGCGUCCGGCAAGGCACGAAGCUCUGGUGCCCGUCCCGCAACUCUGCACCUUCUUGUUUGUCCCACUCGGGUUAUCAGUCUGAGGGACUUAUUCGAUGUGCUCAAGGAAUUCCCACCCUUCUGCUCAAACGCUGAGUCAUGGGCCUACCCACUGGAGCUCAAAGAGAUCACCGUUCCUCUUCUCGCACCUACGAGCCCCAAGCAAGCCAACGACUGGUCGAAGGAAUACUGGCCAACAUUUUACCGAAAGACCAACCCGUUUGGAGCUCACCCAUCCAGCAUUAAGAAAGCAGAGGAGGAGCUCCAGGCGCCGUCGGAAGAUAACAUCGGCGUGGACGAAGCUUUUGAACUUGCGCGUAAGGCUGGAGAGGAGAAUCGUCGCAAGGGCAUUGGCACCGGCACUGGUUGCGUCGUUGUCGAGCGUGUCGAUGGCAAGACUCAGAUCAUCGCUGUCGCCGGUGACGCCAGAUGGGCACCGCGAGUACCAAACAUACCGGAACCCGACCCCAAGAGCUCUCGACAAGGAAACAUGAUGGGCCAUGCGGUGAUGCGUGCCGUCGGCAUGAUUGGUCGUAAACGCCUGCGCGUCGCAACUAUGGCCAUCGCCAAGUCAGCAGCCAAAGCUGAAAGCAACUUCCACAAGGGUGGUCUCGCCGUCGAUCCUGCAGCACGAGAUGCCUUCUUCGCCGAUCUUCCCAUCACCGAGCUCGAACGUGUCUACUUUGAGAAAGACAACCUCAAGCCAGAUGGCUACCUCUGCCUCAAACUAGAGGUGUUCCUUACCCACGAACCCUGCAUAAUGUGCUCGAUGGGCCUGGUCCAUAGCCGUGUUGGCCGAGUCAUCUUCAAGACCCGCAUGCCCGAGACCGGAGGUUUGACUGCCGAGAUGAAUAGUAACGAUUCCGGACCGGUUGGCCUCGGGUAUGGCAUGUGCUGGCGUAAGGAGCUGAAUUGGCAGUUCAUGUGCUGGGAGUACAUUCCGGUAGAAGAGAGUGGAACUGUGGACAGGCAGAGCAGCGUUGAGGUUCUCAGGGAUGAGAAGUACCCACCCUCACCAACAGAUGACACUCCGCCACAAGAUAUCGAGAGUGCUAAUGUUACUGUUACUAGCUUUGCGCGCAUGCAUGUGUAGAACACCUGUGAUGCAGAAUGGAGCUGGCGGAGCAUAGUUUACGGGGGCAUGAACCAGAUGACAGAAUUAUACAACAACUUAGACCGUGUCAUGGCUAUGGCGCAGUAUGAGAUGAUCGGGAUUAGCGUUGGCGUUGUGAGAGCGG